UCCAAGCCAAGAGGACAUCAGUUGAGCAGAAUGCUUCAGAGGAAGGAGGUGGUGUUGUCGGUGCUCAGGGAGCUCCAGGAUGCCACGGAAAGCUCUGGCCUGGACGCGCUCACCAGGGCUGCAAUGGAGGUGGACCAGGUGCUUGCCCCCUUUCAGCUCCCCAGGACCCCCUGUCAGGAUUUCCCAGAGUGGACGAGCGUGGACGAUGCUGCCCACGGCCUGUACCCCAUGGACGCCCCUGCAGACCUGCUGCCCAUCAACUGCAAGGGAGAAGGAAACCUGUUGUUUGACGCUGUGAGCAUGUUGUUGGUGGGAAGUACGGCACUGAGCUUGGAGCUGCAGGUUCGGACGGUGGUCGAAAUGGUGCUGUGGAAGAGAUACUACCUGUCUGGGAUGAUCGACUCCAAAAUGAUGCUGCAGGCGGUUCGUUUCAGCCUCAGCGCGGAGGAGUCCGAGGACAUGCUCAACCUCCCCGCCACCGUCCUGGAGGCCAUCUUUGACGCUGACGUUAAAGCCUCCUGCUUCCCGGGCUCCUACGCCAACAUGUGGCACGUGUACGCGCUGUCAUCCGUCCUGCAGUUCAACAUCUACUCCGUCUACCCCAUGUUCAACCCCAAAAUCAGACCCUACUUCAACAGAAUGAUUCGCCCCAGGACCAAGGCGAGCGACUCACAGGUCUCCACCCUCCACGUCAUGUGGUCCGGCGAGCUCCUCUCUGAGUCAGUGUUUCGACCGAACCAUUUUGUGGCCUUGGUCCAUUCAAGUGACCUGAGGUUGGGAAGUCCUGACCAGAGGAGGUCGCCGAUCAAGAGGGAGGAGCUGCCGAACCCGAGCUCCAGGUUCACCUACCCAAGCCUGAAAGACAAGUACAACAUCACCAAGAGGACCUUCUAUCGCUGGAAGAGGCAGUCGCAAGAGCACUGCAACAAGUCCGCGGCCCGGUAUGAGGCCAAGAACUUCCUGCAGGCCUGCUACUUGCAGGGUAACUUGAUCCCGCUGCAUCAGUUCAAACAGUUUUUCCCAGACAUCUCCAGGUCGUCUUACUACAACUGGAAGCAUGAGCUCAUGAAGUCGGGCGGGGCCUUCUCGACCACGUCAUCAGGUGGGGAGAUCAGCCCCACUGAGAGCACGGAGCACGAUGCCUGGUCCUCCCCGGAGGCCAAACACGACGACCUCGACCAACACGACAGCGUCGCCAGCAUGUUCGGCCUGAGCAUGGUGGAGCAGGACCGGGUGCAGAACACCACCCACAUGCAGGAGGCCAAGCGCUGCCUGCAGACUUGCAUCGCCAUGAACACUUCAUUCCCCUUCCGGAUCUUUAAGAGGAGCUACCCCGGCAUUUCCAGAUCCACCUACUACAACUGGAGGAGAGAAGCCAUGUUGUUCAACCGAGGGUACAAAACUAGCGGCGGCAGCAGCUCCGACAGCUCAGACGCCGACAAGAGCCAAAGUCCCAAAAAUCUCACCCAAGUCCAUGUAGAGCGUCCGACCGAGCCGAGAGUGAAGGUCUGCAGGAGGAAGCACAAGAAGUUCCGCCAGGCGUACCUGAGCAAGAAGCAGCUGAGGGAUGCGGCAAAGCUUCACGCCCCUAAGUUGCCCCUAGCAAAGUUCAUGCUCAAGUUCCCCUCAAUGUCACCCUGUUUCUACUGGCUGUGGCGAAACGGCAAGAACCGUAAGAUCCAGAAGAGCGACGAGGCAAGUCUCCCUCCAGCCCUGGAGGCCAAUGCCGUCAUGAAGCAGAUCCCAGAGCGGGGGUUUGGUUUGGUGGAGCCGGCGGGUGAAGCGACAAGGUUUGUCGGAAACUUCGCCGCCUGCUUUGACGCUCCGCAGACACGUAUCCCGCUCCACAGCAAGAUGCCCAUGGAAGAGCAGAUGUUCGGGAUGGACGUGGUCGCCCUGGCCAACUUCAAGGUCAAAGCCAAGCUGUUUCUUCAGCAGCGUUUUGAGGAGAAAUCCUUCCCGUCCUUUAAAGAAUUCCGCUCAUAUUUCCCCUUCACGCCGCGCUCCACGUACUACAUGUGGAAGCGCGCUUUGCAUCAUGGCAUCUCCCUCAUCCACGGAUGA